AUGGAAAAAGCCAAUGACAGCUCAGAGUAUGCUUUUAUCUUAGUGGGCUUCUCUGAUCGUCCCAAGCUGGAGAUGGUGCUCUUCAUAGUAAAUUUUAUUCUGUAUUCAGUGGCUGUGUUGGGAAAUUCAACCAUAAUCCUUUUGUGUGUAUUAGACCCUCGACUUCAUACCCCAAUGUACUUCUUUCUGGCAAACCUUUCCUUUCUAGAUCUCUGCUUCAGUACUAGUUGUAUCCCACAGAUGCUGGUAAACCUCUGGGGUCCUGAUAAGACUAUCAGCUAUGCUGGCUGUGUUGUCCAACUUUUCUCUUUCCUUUCUGUUGGGGGAAUUGAGUGCAUCCUGCUGGCUGUCAUGGCUUAUGACCGCUAUGUUGCAGUCUGCAAACCCUUGCACUAUCUGGUCAUUAUGCACCCCCAGCUGUGUUUACAACUAGUGGCUGUGGCCUGGGGGAGUGGCUUGGUCAAUGCCAUUGUCAUGUCCCCACUAACAAUGACUCUCUCCAGAUGUGACCGGAGACGAGUUAACCAUUUCCUCUGUGAAAUGCCAGCACUGAUCAAGAUGGCUUGUGUGGAUGCUCGCCCAGUGGAAAUGCUGGCCUUUACCUUCGCCAUUCUCAUUGUCCUACUGCCCCUCACUCUUAUUCUUGUCUCCUACGGCUACAUUGCUGCAGCAGUGCUGAGGAUCAAGUCGGCUGCUGGGCGACAGAAGGCCUUUAAUACCUGUAGCUCCCACCUCACUGUGGUCUCCUUGUUCUAUGGGAGCAUCAUCUAUAUGUAUAUGCAGCCGGGAAACAGCUCUUCCCAAGACCAAGGCAAGUUUCUCACCCUCUUCUACAACCUGGUAACUCCUAUGUUGAAUCCACUCAUCUAUACCUUAAGGAAUAAGGAAGUGAAAGGGGCACUGAAGAAGGUUUUGGGGAGACAAUAA